AUGUCUCAGCCCAUCUUUAGCAUUAUCAACAAAAGAUACCUUGCUAAGCAUGCGUAUCAAAAGACAUUGAACUUGCCCAAGACAAAAUUUCCAAAUAGAUCAAAUUUAGAUACUACAUUGAGGGAAUUGAUACCGAAGUCCUCUCAAGAAGUUUAUAAGGAGCAACUAGACAGUUUCUUCAAGGAAUUUUCAAAACUGAGUACAGUGGAUGAUAAAUUGAAGUUUGUCAAGGAGAGGUUAUUCAUCUUGCACGAUGGGCCGCCCUAUGCGAAUGGCGAUUUACAUCUCGGGCAUGCUCUGAAUAAAGUGUUGAAGGAUAUUAUUAAUAGGUACCAACUUUCACAAGGGAAAUACAUUUUUUACAAGCCUGGUUGGGAUUGUCAUGGAUUGCCCAUUGAAACUAAGGCUUUAAAGGAUUUAAAUGCGCAGCAGAUCGAUUUAAUAUCACCUCUAAAAAUCAGAUCACUGGCGUUAAAGCAUGCACAAAAGGCAAUGAAGAAACAAAGGCAAACCUUCGAACAUUUUGCCAUCUUAACAGAUUGGGAAACUCCAUACAUUACAAUAGAUAAAGAUUAUGAGAAUAAUCAACUCAAGACCUUUAAGGAAAUGUUUGAAAGAGGAUUGAUUAAAAGACAGAAUAAACCAGUUUAUUGGGGUACAGAAACUAGAACUGCUCUGGCAGAAGGCGAAUUAGAGUACAACGAAAACCAUAAGUCUGUUGCCGCUUAUGUCAAAUUUCCCCUAGUAAAAGAAUCUGAAGCAGAUUUACGCAAGAAGCUAGGAAUCACUGGUGAUUUGCCUAUAUAUUGUUUGAUUUGGACGAGUACUCCGUGGACGCUUUUCUCAAACCGAGCAAUAUGUUUCAAUGAAGACUUUUCUUAUUCUCUAUUGCGCAUCGGAAAAGAACUUGUCAUUGUCGAGACCGAUUCCAUAGGCAAGUUAGGUCAGCCAAGUGGAUCAUGUACAGUCAUCAAGCAAUUUCAAGGUACGAACUUACAUGGGUUGUACUACCAGAACCGUUUACUAAAUGAUAAGAUUUGUAGACCCUUAUUAAAUGGUGUACACGUUACCAGUGGUACUGGGACGGGUUUAGUUCAUACUGCGCCAGGGCAUGGACAGGAUGACUAUCUGAUCGGUAUUCAAAACAAUCUCGAGAUUUAUUCUCCUGUGGAUCAUCAGGGUCGUUAUCAACUGAGCGAACUUCCUGAGUCUGUAAGAUCUAUCUUGAAGGAUGAAGAAGACACAUCAAUCGGUAAGCAAGUUUUAGACGUAGAAACUACGAAGGUCAUUUUACAAAAAUUAAACGACUUGAACUUACUCCAUAAAUUCCAUGAUUACACCCAUUCUUAUCCGUAUGACUGGAGAUCCAAGAAGCCCGUCAUAAUUAGAGCCACCCCGCAAUGGUUUGCGGAUUUACAUGAUGUGAAGGAUUUGGCUUUGGAAAGUAUCAAACGGGUCAAGUUUUAUCCCGAAAGAGGACACUCAAGGCUUUCCUCUUUUAUCAAAAGUAGAAACGAAUGGUGUAUUUCUAGACAACGUUCAUGGGGUAUUCCUAUUUUGAGUUUUUACAAGAAGGAUGAGCCGGAUACUAUUUUGAUGAAUUCUGAAACUUUGGCGCAUGCAAUGAAAACAGUCGAAAAAAAGGGAAUUAACGCAUGGUUCAACGGUAAAGAUGAUGACAUGAAAGAGUGGUUACCUCAACAAUAUCACGGAGUUGCGCACGAAUAUUGUCGGUCCCAAGAUACCAUGGAUGUGUGGUUUGAUAGUGGGUCAUCAUGGAACAUAAUCAAAGACUUCUAUGAGAAAAGGUUAAAAUUAACAAAAUUACCAUCUCCGUUAUAUCAAGUUUGUUUGGAAGGGUCUGACCAACAUAGGGGAUGGUUUCAAAGUUCACUAUUAACGAAAGUAGCAUCAAGUAAUGUACCCGUUGCACCAUAUGAAGAAGUUAUCACUCAUGGGUUCACCUUGGACGAAAACGGUUUGAAAAUGUCGAAAUCAAUAGGAAAUACGAUUUCUCCCGAGGCGAUUAUUCAAGGCGAUGAAACUCUUGGAUUGCCAGCUUUGGGUGUUGACGGUUUAAGGUAUCUGAUAGCACAGUCCAAUUUCACCACUGAUAUAGUCGCCGGUCCGACUGUGAUGAAGCAUGUAGGAGAAGCCUUGAAAAAGAUCAGACUGGCAUUUCGUUAUCUGUUAAGUAAUUUACAGAAAUCUGAAGAUUUUAACCUUUUGCCUGUUGAACAAUUACGUCGUGCUGAUCAAUUUGCGUUAUACAAGAUGAACGAAUUGCUGAACACUACUAAAAACCACUACCAAAACCACAAUUUUUCCAAGGUUCUAAUUGCUUUACAAUACCACUUGAACAACCAUUUGUCAGCGUUUUAUUUUGAUAUCUCAAAAGACACUUUAUAUUCCGAUAGUAUAUCUUUUUUGAAAAGAAAGCAAGUCCAAACUACGCUAUUUCAUGUAUUGAAUUCAUAUAGAGCGAUUCUUGCGCCAAUCUUACCUGUUAUGGUCCAAGAAGUAUGGAAACACACACCUGAAAGAUGGUUGCAAGGACUAGGACUGACUAAUAUUAGUCCAAUGCGUGGAAAGUGGCCACAUUUUGAAGUGUGCCCAGAAAUCAACGACUCCUUUGAAGAGUUCGAACUGAAAAUUUUGGAGCUGUUUCAAAAAGAGUUUAAGAAGUUGAAUCAAGAGGAAGGUAUCACCAAAACUACACAAACUCACGUUACUGUUUUCACCGAUCAUUCCCUCCCAUUCAGUUCCAGCGAGCUUUGCGACAUCUUGCAAGCAUCUGCUGUCAGUAUAAUGAAAGGUAUUAGUGGCAACAGCAGCUUACCAGCCAUUGAAUUGGGAAACGGAUCGAAGUUGCAAAUCUUGGUCGAACAGAGCAAACAGCACGUUUGCCCCAGGUGCUGGAAAGCAAACUCAGCGGAAGAGGAUGAAUUAUGUGACAGAUGUGGAGAGGUUGUGAGCGAACUCGCACCUUAA